UACUCCAUUUCUCCCCCAUAUCCCGUGACCACCAUUUACUCGUCUCUCGCCGCAUUCACCCGCCACGAACACUGCGGCCUCCGCGAGUCGGCGGCCUCGGCGCGCGCGCCUCUGACACUAUAAAACCUGCGCCUUCUGCCACCCUCUUCCCUCCAAAUUCCCAACGGUCGUGACCCUUCCGAGCGCAUCGCGUCGCACGAGCGUGCAAGGUGAUAUGGUGGCCUCUGCGCUCUCCGCGACGGCGGCGGCGACGGUGGUGGUGGCCGUCGUGGCGGUGCUGGUUGCGGUGUGCAGGGGGGAGUUCACGGUGGUGGUGCCGGACUCGUCGUCGUCGGCGGCGCUGGUGAACGCGCCGCAGACGGGGCUGUCGGACCGGGCGCGCACCGAUCCGGCGGAGCAGCGCGCGGUGCAGGAGGUGAUGGCGGCGACGGGGAACGGGUGGGCGUCGGGCAUCGCCGACGUGUGCCGCGGGCGGUGGCACGGCAUCGAGUGCGUGCCCGACCGCGGGGAGGUGUACCACGUCGUGUCGCUCUCCUUCGGCGCGCUCUCCGACGACACCGCCUUCCCGGCGUGCGACGCGGCGCGGGCCACGCUGUCGCCGGCCGUGCUCGCGCUGCCGCACCUCAGGUCGCUCUUCUUCUACCGAUGCUUCACGGCCAACCCGCAGCCCGUCCCGGCGUUCCUCGGCCGCCUCGGCCCGGCGUUCCGUUCGCUGGUGCUCCGGGAGAACGGCCACGUCGGGGCGAUCCCGCCGGAGCUCGGGAACCUGACGGCGCUGCGGGUGCUCGACCUCCAUGGCAACAACCUCACAUCCGCCAUCCCAGCCACCGUCCAGUCCCUCGCGCACCUCCAGCUUCUCGACCUGAGCUACAACCAGCUCGCCGGCGAGGUGCCACCCUUCAAGUUCCAGCACCUAAGCAUCCUGGACCUCAGCCACAACGCGCUGCAGGGCGGCGUCCCGGCGAGCCUAGGGCAAUGCCGUUCGCUGCUCAAGUUCGACCUCAGCCAGAACCGCUUCGCCGGCACGAUCCCCGACGCGCUCGGCGACCUGUCCGACCUCAUCCUGCUCGACCUCAGCCACAACGCGCUGUCCGGCCCGAUCCCGGCGGCGCUCGGCAGGCUGUCGUCGCUGCGGUCGCUCAUCCUCGGCGACAACCGGAUGCAGUUCACGACGGUCCCCGGCGACAUCUUCGCCGGGCUCAGGGCGCUGACGACGCUGGUCCUCUCCGGCAUGGGGCUGGAAGGGUCGUUGCCGGAGUCGAUCGGGGAGCUGGGCCACCUCCGGGUGCUGCGGCUGGACAACAACGAGUUCACCGGGGUGAUCCCGGCGAGCUUCCGGCGGCUGGAGCGGGCGAGCGAGCUCCGCGUGGACGGCAACCGGCUGGUGGGGCCGAUCCCGUUCGGGAAGCAGAUGAUGUGGCGGCUAGGCAAGAAGCUCCGCGUCGGCGGCAACGAGGGGCUCUGCUACGACGCCAAGCAGCAGGGCCUUGAGGGCGUCGUCGCGCUGGCCGGCGUCGCCGACUGCGACAGCGUCAGGAGCCGCACGACGCAGCACCUGGGAGGCCGCCUGAGGAACACCGGCGGCUUGCCGGCGGCGGCGGCUGCUGCUCCCAGCGUCGGCGUCGGCGCGGGCGUUUGUGUCGGGAGUUGGCACGUUUUCGUCGGCGUUCUCGUGUCGCUGCACCUUGCGAGGUUGUAACGUUCUGCCUUGUGUUGGUUGAAGCGUGCCUGCCAGCGUGGGCUGCACGCAUGGACCUGACCAAGGUCCAUGGUGUAAAUUAGGGCGUAGGGAAAUUUUGAUCAGGAGGAAUUGUACAGUGUUCUUGCUGAUUGAGGUGUUGUUUGUUGUUUCGUCAGGAAAUAAAGGGAACGUUCGAUC